AUGGGAGAUGGGAAUGAUAGGAUGUGGGGCCAUUUGCCUCUUCUGUUGAGAGCUAGUUCCAAAGAGUCGGUGGAAUACAUACUCGAAGCCCUGUGGCGCACCCGCCGCACUGGCCUUGACGCCGCCGACCGGCAAAUCUUUCGCGAUAUUCUUCAGCUGCCCCCAGACGAUUCCAACCUCGACCCUCUAUUGGUUUGCCUGCGAGUAUUGAUUAGGAGGUGUGUUCAUGAUAAUAUUGAUAGAGAUGAGAUUCAGAAGUUGUUUCCUGCUCAAGUCUUGCCUGAAUUGCAAAGAUUGUUGACUCUUUUACUGCAAAAGUUUCAAAAGGAAUGGCGAGAGGAUGUAGCAAAAGACCAGGUGACUUUUCCUCGUCUAAAAUCAAUGACAUGGAACACGAUGAAUGAGGAACAAACAGAACUUACAGCAGUUAUCAACAUGAUGCUUAAUAGCGAUGCACAGGCAAACUCGGAUGAUAGGUGGGAAAAGGGAGAAAUGGCAAACAGACACUUGAGUCAGAAUUCUUAUAUCAAUAUAGAUUAG